UCCCGGCGGCAGCGCGCGCCCGAUCGACGCUCCCCGACCGGAGGUGUCUGCACCGCUCACUGGGAACGACUAGCGGGACAGAGAAGCGCGAGAGAUAGUCGGCGGCGGCGAGUGAUCGCCAAACAACCGGAAGAAGGCAGGAGGACAGCAGUUUAUCAGGUUUGGGCAGCGGGCCGCGUGAAUGCGCGCCGACACGGGUCGGCCCGGUCAGCACGCCAUGGCCUGCUGGGUGGAGGACGGUGGCGCCGGCGGAGCGCCGCAUCACCUGCGCCGGCGCUCCUCGCAGCUGGAGGUGGAGCCACGCGUCGGCAGCCGGCCCGCGCGGCCCUCCUCGCCGCGGCCCAUCCCGGCCGCGCGCCGCGUCGACACGUUUCCGCCCAACUCGUGCGCCAGCCGGUCGCCGUCGCCGUCACCAUUCGACGAGGGCUCGCCGGCGGCGGCGGCGCGGCGCAACUCGCGCCACUCGCUGGCCGCGUCGCCGUGCCGCGCGGCGGCCGUGCUGCGCGACUGGCAGGAGGAGUUCGCGCUGCCCGAGUUCCGGCCGCGCUCCAGCUCCGUAGCGGUGCCGGCGCGGCGCGCCCAGCUCACGCGCGGCCACCGCGUGCCGGAGCGUCACGCCGGCUGGCUGGACCCGAGCACGGCGUCGGCGCCGCAGCGCCGCGCCGCCGCCCGCUCGCCAGACGUCGAGCCGGCGCGGGUGCGCUCGUUCGUCACCACAUCCCGCGGCGUGGUAUCGCGAGGGGACAGCACGCCACGCGACCUGGCGCCGCGUCACAGCACGCCGCCCACCACGCCGGCCUCCUCGCUGACCUCCAGCGGGCGCACAUCGCCAGCCCUCAGUCAGUCACCGCCGACAGGCCCUCCGGCGCCGGCGAGCACACCCACCCCGCCGGCCAUCCACCACGUGGUUCCUCUGGGCGGCGCCGGAGUCGGCAAGACGGCGCUGGUGCGUCAGUUCCUCUCCUCCGAGUACAUGAACGGCUACGACACGGCCGGCGGCCUGGGCGGCGCCCCGGCUCUCACCGUGUACGUCGACGAGCGCGAGACUCGGCUGGUAUUCGAGGAGCCGGCCGGCGCGCAGCUAGAGGAGCUGGCCGACACCGGCCCCGCCGGCGGACCCGUCUCCGCCUUCCUAGUCAUCUACAGCGUCACAGACGCGGCCAGCUUCAGCGAGGCGGCCUCGCUGCUGCUGCGGCUCUACACCUGCGGCGCCAUGUACCGGCACGUCGUUAUACUGGUGGGGAACAAGGCCGACCUGGUGCGCGCCCGGGUCGUCUCCACGGCAGAGGGACGACACCUGGCCAUGGCGCACGGCUGCAAGUUCAUCGAGUGCUCCGGCGGCAUGAAUCACCGCGUCGAUGAGCUGCUGGCCGGUUUGGCUUCGCAGCUGCGUCUGAGGGCCGACGGAGCGGGACGCGGCUGCCAGCGGCGCCGCGGGUCGCUCGGCUUUCUCGACAAGCUGCUCCACCGUCAGAGCCACUCAAAGUCGUGCCAGAAUCUGUUCACGUAGACACGUCGCCGCCGUCGCGCCGCGAGUGUUCGUCGCUGAGCUCAACAAGACGCUCGCAGACGUCCCGUGACAUUGUGAUGAAGUUAUGAAUCGAGAACGAUACGAACCGCGCCGCGCGGUGUGUUUACCCGUGUAGCUCAUCGCCGUUCGUCGGCCGUCGCCGCCCGCCGUGUGCUCUGUCCCGUGACCGUCGUCCGCGUGGCUCGUGUACGCCCUGUUACUGCAGUAUCGGCCGGCGGUAUGGCGCCGCGUGCCGCCAUCGGGUCGGUCCCGGCAACGGCCCACAACGCGGCGCUUAUCAGAGGCAGUCGACCGCGAGCGCUGUCUGAGCACUGUAUGUGUGCAUGUGGGGAAAUCGCAGCCGUAUAUAUUGUUCGCGGAAAAGGGCGUCCGUAUAUAUACUUUGUGAGAAGUCACGUCCGUAUAUAUAAAUAUAUUCUGCU